CGUAUCUCCAUUCUCGAAUUCGGCCGACCACACUCUCACGUUGCAAUCAUCACCAUGCAUCUUUCAUCUCAUACAUGGAUGCGACCUGAGCCUCUCCAAACAACUUUAGCACGACUGAAACGACUGGGUUACACCAGUGUUGAGUUAGCUGGGGAGCCAGAUCUAUAUCCUAUCGAGGAGACUCGCCAGCUUCUCCAAGAAUACGACAUCAAAUGCUGUGGAACAGUGACGAUCCAAACAGGUAACCGAGACCUCACGGCAGCCAAUCCGCACCACCGACGCGACACAAUCGAAUACAUGAAGCAAGUUGUUUCAAUGUGCAAAGACCUCGAUGGACAAAUCGUCACAGUUGUUCCAGGACGAGUAGGGAAAACAAUCGCCGAAUCUUCACCUCAGGAAGAAUGGCAAUGGGCAGUAGAAGGACUUCGCGAAGUGGCCGAUUUUGCACUGAAGCGCGGUAUCAAGAUAGGACUGGAGCCUUUGAACCGAUUUGAAACAUGCUUUUUGAACAGAACAGACCAGGCGCUCGCUUUAGCAGGGGAGGUCGGUUUUGACUGUGGGAUUGCGUUCGAUCCUUUCCAUCUUGCGUUGGAGGAACGAGACUUGUACGCGGCCAUGCGCGCUUGUGGGCCAAAAAUCGUCGAUGUUCAUGUGGCGGACAACAACCGCCUGGCAGCAGGCGAUGGGUCGUUUGACUGGGACCGAAUAAUAUCCACGCUGAAGGAGAUAGGCUACGAUGGAGCGUUGACUUUUGAGGCGUCACCUCCAAUUGACAGAUCACCUAAUGGUGAUUACGGGGCUAAACAGUUGGAACCAGUUCCAAUGGAUGUCCCGCCCGCGCAACUUCAAUUCAUCCUCGAUCAUGGUUCUGGCAUUCUUGGGGAUGAAUACUAUACUGGACUAUUGCAACGUACUGCGGAGACACUUCUGGCUCUGCUGUAG